UCACCCGCCGCCCCCUUUGACGCAUGCACCCCACCUUCCUCGAGCUUCCUCCCCCUCAUUUAUCGUCCUCCGGCCCACCGUAAAGACAGCAGUGCGAGUGGUCACACUCCGGAUGUGCGCUCGGUCCUUCACAUUUCCAGAACUGGGGAUGUCACGGUGUGGAGCGCUGUGGACAUACGGACACCAACAGGGCGACAUGGUAUACACGGUUUGCGGCGCGAGGACUGCCGAGAGUAAUGCGACUGGAACCUUUUACUAGAAUAAACCGAGGCGUUCUGACUGCUUAAUGGUAAUUUGAAGAUAAAAUGGUGACCAGUGCUGCUGCUGACUGGGAUCAAAUCCACUCCCUCCACCAACUGACAGUGUAGUUUGUAUGUUUGCCCUACAUCAGGGAAGAUGGACACCUCACCAUCCAAACUUGGACCAAAGAAAAGAGUGAAGAUUCACCCUAAGACAGUCACUGUUAAGUAUUCAUCCCAUUACCCACAACCUGGAGACGACGGCUACAAUGACACUCUGUCUUUUGAAGACAGUGGAAACUUUGUAGAUGAUAAUCCCAGCAAGACUUUGCUAACUGAUGGUAAAAGAUAUGGAAGGACUUUUUUUGGCACAAUGGAUGCCCGUCCCAAGCCCCUGGAUGAGACAGGAGACAAUGGAAUCAGUCAGCAACUACAGGGCUUUGCAGAUAGCUCCGUGUUCAACUCCAGAGUGACGUGGGCAGCCCUGUUUGGAGCUGCCCUGGCUCAUGGAUGUGUCGCUCUGGUCACAAGACUGGCAGCUGACCGCUCUAAUGUGCCGUCCUUGGAACUACUCUUUAUUCGUUCAGUCAUUCAGGUGUUUUCAAUAAUUGUCGUCUUUUAUUACCAAGAGCCCCCACUUGGACCUAAAGGAUACAAAUUGUGGCUCUUCUUCUAUGGAGUAUGCAAUGUCAUAUCUAUUACCUGUGCUUACACAUCCUUUGCAAUCGUGCCACCUAGCAAUGGCACCAUCAUGUGGAGGGCAACAACUACGGUGUUCAGUGCGAUAUUAGCUUUUCUUCUAAUCGAUGAAAGAUUGGCUUACACAGACAUUGUGACUGUGGUGAGCAGUGUCUUCGGCCUUUGUCUUGUAAUGAUUCCCAACAUUGUAGAUGAAGAUAAGUCUUUAUUGGGCUUUUGGAAAGAAGCUUUUGGAUACACCAUGACUGUCAUGGCAGGGUUAACUGCUGCCCUGUCCAUGAUUAUUUACAGAGCAAUUAAAGACAAGGUCAGCAUGUGGACGGCUCUUUUCACAUUUGGAUGGACAGGUACAGUUUGGGGAGCUUCUACUAUGUUUGUCCUCCAAGAGCCUAUCAUACCUUUGGAUGCAGAAACCUGGGGCUAUCUCAUUGCCAUUUGUAUUUGCUCCACCGUUGCAUUCUUAGGUGUAUACUAUGCUUUAAAUAAAUUUCAUCCAGCUCUGGUGAGCACGGUCCAACAUUUAGAAAUUGUGGUAGCCAUGAUCCUUCAGCUCUUAGUGUUACGUAUGAUCCCCUCUGUUUAUGAUGUCAUUGGUGGUGCCAUAAUAAUUCUCAGUGUCUUCAUCCUUACAGGAUAUAAACUUUAUUGGGUCAGACGGGGAAGGAGGCAGGAUUAUGAAGAGAUACUUGAUUCUCCCAUUAAGUGAUUGCAAUAGAUUAUUUUCUUUGUUCAAAAUGUCUGUGUUGCAGUGGAAGAUUCAGAUGAAUAUUUGAAUUACUCUUAUUGCUCAUAUAUGUACUGUACAAAUAUAUUUUGUAUUGUGACGUCAGAGUGCCAAUUGUGUAUUGCUCUUUAUAACUGUUUAGUGUCAAAUAAAGCAAAGAGCAAAAAUUGCAA